AUGCCUUCUUUUACUUCACCCGACCAAGGAGAGGACCUGGAGGCCUGUGUUUUAAGAUUUUCAGAGUUAGAUUUAAAAGACACAAGGCUUAUCAAUCCCAGUAGCAGUCUUAAAGCCGAGUUGGAUGUCAGUACGAAAAAGAAAUACUCAUUUGCCAAGAAAAAGGCAUUUGCCCUUUUUGUCAAAACCAAAGAAGUUCCUGCACAUCCUUUUGAAUGUAAAGAAAAAUGGUGGAAAUGUUGUCAACAGCUGUUCAAAGACCGGAUCGGCAUCCAUAGACAUGUGGCAACACAACAUGCUGAUGAGAUCUGCCGCCAGACUGCUUCCGUGUUAAAGCAGCUGGCUGUGACACUGAACACCUCAAAGAGCCUUAAGCCUGCAGAUGAUAGGAACCCUCUAAAAGGGUACUUGACCUGUAACAGGGAAGUGUCCGCUUGGCUCCCUGAUGUAAGCUGCUUUAGCCCUGAUGAGCUGAUAAGGGGCCAGGGCAGUGAUGAAGGAGAGGUUCUACUUUAUUACUGCUACUGUGACCUGGGGGAUCCCCCCUGGGUCUGUGCCUGGCAGACGGCUCUGUGCCAGCACCUGCGCCUCACAGGCAAGGUUCGAAUUGCUACAGAAGGAAUCAAUGGGACAGUUGGUGGAAGCAAACUGGCCACCAGACUCUAUGUGGAAGCCAUGCUUUCCUGCCCAUUGUUUAAGGAUUAUAUGUGUAAGGAUGAUUUUAAGACCAGCAAAGGAGGGGCUUGCUGUUUUCCAGAAUUGCGUGUUGGUGUAUUUGAAGAAAUUGUGCCCAUGGGGAUCAGUCCCAAUAAGAUCUCCUACAAGAAGCCUGGAGUCCAUUUAUCUCCAGGUGAAUUUCAUAAAGAAGUAGGAAAGUUUUUGUCUCAGACAAAUGAAGAACAAAGUGAUACUAUCCUCCUGGACUGCAGAAACUUCUAUGAAAGCAAAAUAGGGCGAUUUCAGGGCUGUUUAGCCCCAGACAUCAGGAAAUUCAGUUACUUCCCUAGCUACAUUGACAAAAAUCUAGAACUUUUCAGAGAGAAGAAGGUGCUGAUGUAUUGCACUGGGGGUAUCCGUUGUGAGCGGGGUUCAGCCUACCUCAAAGCCAAGGGAGUAUGCAAGGAAGUGUUCCAGCUCAAGGGUGGCAUCCACAAGUACCUGGAGGAGUUUCCUGAUGGUUUCUACAAAGGGAAAUUGUUUGUUUUUGAUGAGCGUUAUGCCUUAUCCUACAACAGUGAUAUAGUGUCAGAAUGUUCAUAUUGUGGAGCCCCAUGGGACCAAUAUAAACUCUGCUCGACUCCCCAGUGCCGCCAGCUCAUCUUGACCUGCCCUGCUUGCCAACGACAAGGGUUCACAGCCUGUUGUGUCACGUGUCAGGACAAAGGGAGCGGGCUGGCUUCAAGUCUCACCCAGAGCAGCUUUAAAGAGGAAUGUGAGUGUACAGCCCGACGGCCACGCAUACCCAGUGAGCUGCCACAGCAGGUGUGACUGACUCCCCACCAGCUCAGAGCCAAGGCCUGGCGCUGGUGAGGAUGGGCCGUGCUUACGAGAGUGGCACCAUCAGCAUUUCCCUAGGCCUUCGCAGAGCUAGGUUCACAGUGACCAUACGCUGGAGAACA